CUCUGAAAGCCUGAAGCCAAACAUCCAGGCGUAGGCAGGGCUGGGUCCCUCUGAGGCACCUUGGGGAGAACUCUUCCUGCCUCUCAAACUUCCGGUGGCUGGCAGCAAUCCCUGGUGUUCCUGCAGCUGUCACUGCAUCCCCCUUGCUCUGCACCUGCCUCAGCCAGGCACCCUCCAUGUGUCUCUUUGAGAGCCCAAGUGCUGCUGUUGGGGACACAGUCAUGUCAGGGCCCAUCCUGCUCCCUUGUGACCUCAUCCCAACUCCAUGACUUGUGCAGCACUGUUUCCAAAAAGCCAGCUCCCACAGGAGGGUCCUGGGGUCCACCCAGCCUGAGCAAGGCAAAGCUGAGAGCCACAGGAUGUGGCUGGCCUCAGGCCUGUUUGCAAAGCAGAGAGACUAAGGAGAUGUCUCAGGCUGUGAGCAGCUACAUUCCCUUUGCCCCCACCCCCAAUCUUCUGAAGCAGUGGCUGGUUCCACUGGCUUCAGUCAGGGUCCAGGACAGGGCAAUGGCUUCCUGGAGCUCUUCAGAGCUCUCAUGUGUCACAAAACCUGGAAGCAUGCAGGGCCCCCAGACACUUGCUGACUCCUGGAGCUGAGGAAGCCCCCAGACACAAGGAAAAUUGAAGUGUGGGAAAAGGGUGCUGUGUCAGCCAACUUUUCAUAGCUGUGACCUAUGGUUAUAUGAUACAACCUAAAAGAGCAAAGAUACAUUUUGGCUCAUGGUUUCAGAAGUUUCAAUCCGUGGUUGCUGGUUCUGUUGGUUUUGACCUGUAAUGUGGCAGGGGCAUCGUGGCAGAAGACAUGGCAGAGGAGAGCUGCUCACUGCAUGGCGGCCAGGACUGGGACAGCAGAGGCCCUCUUAAGGCCCAGUGACCUGCUUUUACCUGGGCCCUUUCUCCCAACAACCAGGCAGCUGUGAACUCAUCAGUGGAUGAAUCGUUGAUGAGGUCAGCGUGCUCGUGAUCGGUCACCUCUGUAGGGCCCACCUCUGAACAUUGGGAAUCAAGCCCUCAGCACAGGACUCCGGGGGAUACUUCAUAUUUAAGUCAUGUGUAUCUUACAAGUGGGAGCUGUACAUGGUGGACCUCUGGGGGCCUUGCCAACCCUUUGGGACCCCUAGGAUGGGUGGGGGUGCAGAAGGGGCAAGGUCAGAAGCUGUGGCCUUCCAGGAGCGGCCUCCACUCCUCUGCUCUUAACAAAAACAUACCUGGGGACCUGUGCCCCCCAUUUUAAUAGGUGACUUCCCCAAGGAGUGGGCCAUGUGUAGAUGUCUACCAGUGCCUGAGCCAGAGCAUCAGGCAGGCUGCUGGGAUACACACCCACACCCCUUGCUCCAGGCCAACUCCCUUCUGGCCAAGGUAGACAGUUUAUGAGUCCAGUGAGCAGGUGCAGGGUGCUGGGCCUGUGUCCUCCAUCUGUGGCCUGAUUUGCACACCAUGUAUCCUGGCUUGCACAGAGGGAGCACAUGUAUUAUCCUAGGGGAUUGUGGUGAGAAGCAGACCCUGAAGACUGUGGUCAGCCUUCAUCAGCUUCAGCCUGAGAUCACCCAGAACCCAGGGCCUGGAUGCUCUUCUAGGGGUUCCCUGUGUGGUGAGUUCUGCAGUCUUAGGAUGAGCCCUCCCUUGGGGUACGCUGAUCCCAGCCCUGCAGAGGUGGAGGUAGAGGGGUGGCCUGGAAAGACUGCCGCACUGCUGACCUGAGGCCAACUAGUCUUGGGGUUAGGCAGCCAUGAAACAAGCCUCUGCCUGUCCAACCCUGGCCAUGAUCAGCAUGGGGCUUGGGGUCAGGUGGAGAGGCCAAGGUUCAGUGGAUUCCUUGGCAUCAUGGGGCCCUGAUGGGGAGGCCCGUAACUGGGCCUAACGUGGCCACAUACUUGGGUCUUCAGUGCUCGGGUGUUUCUGGAUGUUGUCUGAGUGAGCCCUUCACCCACUGGCAUGGGCUCCCAUCCAGCGUGCACCCCAACCCCAACAUGGAGAGGAAAGGCACCCAUCAUACUGUGUGGGCCAUGGGCUCUGUACCCAGCAGCUAAUGCCCCCUGGGUCUCCUGUGUGGACCUUUGAGGCACGGAUCUACUCUCUUCUGUGACCCCAAAGGGUCAACCCUUUUCCAGUGGGGGUCCCACCCGACAGGGUCCCCCUAUCCUCUGGGGGGUACUGGGAGGAGGGUCCCCUCCACAGGAAGCAGGCAGCUCACUAGCAUCAGGGUCCUGCAUCUCUGGAUACAAACUAGGUGGCUCAAAACAACACGCAUGGCUGGGGUAUAGCUCAGGGUAGAGCUGGGGCCCUUAAUUAGUGUGUUCCAGGCCCUGGGUUCAAUCCCCAACAUAGCGUGCCUGUGUGCACACGUGCACGCGCACACGCAUGCACAAUCACAGUGCAUGUUGUCUUACAAUUCUGCAAGUCAAAAAUCUGAAAAAUGAGUGAUAGGUCUAAUGUCAAGGAGUCAGCAGGGAUGAUCUUCCAGAGGCCCUGGAGGCCACUCCAUCUUCAAGCCAGCAGCUAGGGACUGAGCUCUGGUGAUCACGCUGUCCCCCAAUAAUCCAGGAUUAUCCCCUGAAAGGUCCUGAACCUCAUCCCAGCUUUAUCACAUAAGAGACAUAGUCUGGGGUUCCGAGAGCAGGACGUGGACCCCUGAGGGCAGUUACUUGGCUGACCACAGCAUCUAGCCCAGCCUGGUGGGCUGUGGGAUCUGGGUUCCCUUAGGGUGAGAGGGCAGCAGUGGCCAUGAGCCAACUCUGGGGUGACAGGUGAGCCCCACCCAGCUGAAGGAACCAUGCUGGGCCGGGAUACCCUUGGGGAGGGUGGAGGCCAGGUGGCUGCAGGAAGUGAAGCUGUGCCUGGAGUUAUUGGGAGGGCCGGAAAAGACGCUGUCCAGGGCUGGACAGCGUUCCAAACAGGCAAGUGUCAGCAGUGGUCAGACUCUUUCCUCCCCAAGGCUGUCAGGUACCUUGCUCUGGUUGUGGCGCUGUUGAGCCUGUGCCUUGCUAUGGGCUGGGAGGCCCAGUGCUAGGGUCCACACACCAAUGUCCCCAGGGAAAGACUGGGUACAGGACCAGCCAGUCUCUGUCUUUGUCUCUGUCAGACACCUGAACUGGCCCAGACAGGGGACCCUUGCAGCUGUGGUGUCCAGGCCUCCAGUCCCCACAUCCCUGCUAUCCCACCAGUAUCAGACCCAGAACCACAGGCCGGCAGCCUGGUCACUUGCAUGUCACCGUGUCCUUCGGUCCCUGCCAUGCCAUUGGGAGUACCAUGUGCAGAAGAAGGGCCACCCUGCUGGACAUGCUCACAGGGCCCUUGGGGCCAGGCCUCUCCAUACAGCGGCCCUGCAGAAUGCUAUCAGCAGAUGAGGAAACCAAGGGUCAGGGUGGCACAUGGGAGACAGGGAGGUGGUGGCAGGUGACUCACAUCACACCACAGAGGCAGCACACUUCAGCAUGUGGGGCCACUCCUGUCCAGCCUGGGGCAACAGGCAAGCCCCACCCCAGAGCCAAGGACUCAUGGGAGCCUGGCUGGGGGUCCCUCUUGGGGCCUGUCCAUACCGAUCAGCGGCAGCUAGGUUGAGGCCUGAGAGGCAGUGGAGACAAACACGGAGAAGAGCGUCCGCACCCAUGGCUCUCAGGGCUGGCUGUCGGGACAAAAGCAAGUGGCUACGUGCUGCCUUUCACCCGGGAGCUUUGGCCCUUUCUGAGCCCAGCUCAUCCUGAGGCCCUCAAGGACCUCAGGCCUUAGGAACCAGCUCUCCCUGACACUCCCAGCCUCUCUCCAGCCCCUGGCCCAUUUGCAGCUCCUUUCACCAAUCCACACCUCCUCUGGAGCCCCCCAUGAUUCCCAGGUACGGUGCAGUGAAGUCUACCUGGCCGGGUCCCAUCCUGGUGAUCUCUGAGGUCUCCUGAGCCCUUGUGCCCUCAGUGUGUGGAGCUGUCUAGACUGUCAGAGGUACUGGGGUGGGCCAAGUGCAGUCCAUAGCCCUGUGCUGUGCCCAGUAAGGAGCUGGGGUCCCAGGAUGCUGGGGCUAGGCCUGGAAGCACUUAGGGGCCGUGGAGUCUCUGCUCAGAUGCGUGGCUGGCCACUGUCACAGCCCUGGCCCCUGUGCAGCAGCAGCAGUGAAUCGUGCUCUUCCCUGCCAGCUACCCAGCUCACAAGGCCAAGUGCAGACAGGGAGGCCCUUACUUCCUGUGCCCAGCCCAGCAUGGCCUCGAACAGCCCAGACCUGAGUGGUGGCUGUAUCUGCGAUUGAGGAGGCCCUUCUGCUCACUUUUGGGGCAGAGGCCAUGUCCAGCUGCCUCUCAGAGUGCUGGGGUUACAGGCAUGCACCACCACACCUGGCUCACAGGCAGGCUUCUCUUGACACUUGGACUGCUGUACCAGAGGAACCUAUUUACUGUUACACCCCGCACAACUUCACCCGCGACCAGGCACUGUAUGCCCGUGGCUACUGCUGGACGGAGCUUCGGGAUGCGUUGCCCGGUGUGGAUGCCAGCCUGUGGCCGUCACUGUUUGAGCACAAGUUCCUGCCGUAUGCACUGCUGGCCUUCGCUGCCAUCAUGUAUGUGCCUGCGCUGGGGUGGGAGUUCCUGGCCUCCACCCGCCUCACCUCCGAGCUCAACUUCCUACUGCAGGAGAUUGAUAACUGCUACCACCGGGCAGCUGAGGGCCGUGCACCCAAGAUCGAGAAGCAGAUCCAGUCCAAGGGGCCCGGCAUCACGGAGCGGGAGAAGCGAGAAAUCAUUGAGAAUGCUGAGAAAGAGAAAAGCCCCGAGCAGAACUUGUUUGAGAAGUACCUGGAGCGCCGGGGCCGCAGCAACUUCCUGGCCAAGCUGUACCUGGCACGGCAUGUGCUCAUCCUGCUGCUCAGCGUGGUGCCCAUCUCCUACCUGUGCACCUACUACGCCACGCAGAAGCAGAAUGAGUUCACCUGUGCACUGGGCGCCUCCCCUGAUGGCCCAGCAGGUGGGGGCCCUGCAGUGCACGUCAGCUGCAAGCUGCCCUCCGUGCAGCUGCAGCGGAUCAUCGCAGGUGUGGACAUCGUGCUGCUGUGCUUUAUGAACCUCAUCAUCCUCGUCAACCUCAUUCACCUCUUCAUCUUCCGCAAGAGCAACUUCAUCUUUGACAAACUGCAUAAGGUGGGCAUCAAGACACGCCGGCAGUGGCGCCGCUCCCAGUUCUGUGACAUUAACAUCCUCGCCAUGUUCUGCAACGAGAACCGCGACCACAUCAAGUCGCUCAACCGGCUGGAUUUCAUCACUAAUGAGAGUGACCUCAUGUAUGACAAUGUGGUGCGCCAGCUGUUGGCUGCGCUGGCCCAGUCCAACCACGAUGCCACUCCCACCGUGCGUGACUCGGGCAUCCAGACUGUGGACCCCAGCGCCAACCCUGCAGAGCCCGACGGCUCCACUGAGCCACCUGUGGUCAAACGGCCACGCAAGAAGAUGAAGUGGAUCCCCACCAGCAACCCGCUACCGCAGCCCUUCAAGGAGCAACUGGCCAUCAUGCGUGUGGAGAACAGCAAGGCCGAGAAGCCCAAGCCCGUGCGCAGGAAGACAGCCACUGACACGCUAAUUGCCCCACUGCUGGACGCAGGCGCCCGUGCAGCACACCACUACAAGGGCAGCGGGGGUGACACAGGCACUGCCACCGCCCCCGACAAGAAGCAUGCGCGCCACUUCUCCCUGGAUGUGCACCCCUACAUCCUGGGUGCCAGGAAAGCCAAGCCCGAGACAGUGCCCACUGCCCUGCCCGCCUCCCGCAGCCAAGAAGGCGGCUUCCUGUCGCAGGCUGAAGAGUGCGGGCUGGGCCUGGCCACAGCACCCACCAAAGAUGCCCCACUCCCUGAGAAGGAGGCCCCGUACCCCACAGAACCGGCCAGGCCCGGGCUUCCUGCUGGGGGCCCGUUUCAUGUCUGCUCGCCUCCUGCACCUCCCACCGUGGCACCUCUGUCACCAGCCAGCCUGGGCAAGGCCGAUCCCCUGGCCAUCCUGAGCCGAAAUGCCACCCACCCUCUGCUCCACAUCAACACACUGUAUGAGGCCCGGGAGGAGGAAGAGGGGGCCCCCCGGGUGCCUCCAGACAUGGGUGACCUCAUCACCAUCCCCCCAGCCCAGCAGAUCCUCAUCGCCACUUUUGAGGAGCCCAGAACAGUCGUGAGUACCGUGGAGUUCUGAGGGAUGGGCCGCCAGGACCCCUGCAUGAGCUCAUGGACACAGUCUCUGCCUGCCUGGCACUGCCAUCCCAGCCUCUGCCCGCAUGCCGGGGCUCAGCACCCUUCCACCUGGCUCAACGAGGCACCCAUGUGAGGGAGCCGGGGCAGGGCAGAGCAAGGUGCCACCCACCCUGAUGCAGGUGCUGUGCUAGGUGCUGGGCUGCAAGACGAAGAGUUUAUUUUUUUAGCAAGUUUUGUUGUGGGCCAAGUGGCGGGGCAGCUCACCGCCCCAGGGGGCCCCAGCCCAGGGCCAGAGAGAAGGACACCGGGGAAGAUGGCACUGGCCACAGGGCCAGGCCCCAGGGGUCCCUCACAGAAGGGCCCCACCCCUGCAGGGACCGAUGCCCUCCAGUGGGGGCAGGGGUGGCCCUAGAUCCAAAUCGCCUUGCACUUUCUCCCUGUAGCCUGACAUACACUUUAUUUUACUAUGAUUACUGUAACUGACAAGCAUAUUUACCAUUGGGAGACUUAGGGUGAGUUUAAAGCAAGGGAUGUGUGUGAAUGGGUGUGAGCAUACAAGUGCAAGAGUGAACUCAGGUGUGCGUGGGGGCGGCCCAGUGCCACUACGCCAGCAUUCGUGAGCAGGUGUGGGUGCUAAAGAGCUUGAGUGUGCGCAUGUGUGGACUGGGCUGCAUGUGCAGGGGCGCCACGUAUGUGUGAGCCAGCAGGUGACGGCAGGUGGGCGCCAGUGCUCCAGAGAGGCAAGGAGCCCAACGCAAUAACCACGCCCCUCCCGGGCCCAGGCCGCUGCUGGCCCCGCCCCUAUUACCUCAGCCACAGCGGCCCGAGACACAGUAUUAACGAGGUAGCACUGAGCAUAUCAAUAAAUGUUAUUCUGAUAA